AUGUAUCGCAGUAGAAACAGACCAAAAAGAGGUGGCGAAAAUGAAGUUAAGGGACCAAAUUCUGCAUUGACUCAAUUCUUGAGAGAAGAAGGGAUCAGUGCUGAAAAUAUCAAACAAAAAUGGUACCAACGACAGUCCAAGAAGCAUGAGGAUGCAACGGAUGAAAAAAAAGGUAAUUCGGAGGACGAUGGCUUAACAGCGCAGGUAUCUCCAGUAGUUGAAGAAGAAGAAAUUGAUGACAUUGGAACAGGCAGUGGCACCGACACAGAAACAGCCCAGGUCUCUUAUGAUGCUAGGAUGAAAUUAGUACCUGCCGAUAGUGAUGAAGAAGAAUAUGAAACUAGCCGCGUGUCUGACACACCAGUCAGUUUAAGUACGGCUAAUAACCGGGAAUCAUUGGCUAAAAAAAGGCAGAAUACUGCAAAGAUUAUCCAAAGUCGUCGUAGAAGGCGUAAAAGAGCCGCUGAUCUGUUGGACAGACGCGUCAAUAAAGUAUCUAGCUUACAAAGUCUUUGUAUUACGAAAAUUAGUGAAAAUAUCUCCAAGUGGCAAAAAGAGGCCGAUGAAUCAUCGAAGUUGGUGUUUAACAAAUUGAGAGAUGUCCUUGGUGGUGUAUCGACUGCUAACUUGAAUAAUUUGGCAAAAGCAUUAUCGAAGAAUAGAGCCCUGAAUGAUCAUACUCUGCAACUUUUCUUGAAGACAGAUCUAACAAAGUUAACUUUCAGUGACUGUUCUAAAGUUUCAUUUGAUGGCUACAAAACGCUGGCCAUUUUUUCACCACAUCUCACCGAAUUAUCCUUACAAAUGUGUGGGCAACUAAACAAUGAAUCAUUACUUUACAUUGCUGAAAAGUUACCGAAGUUGAAAUCACUAAAUUUGGAUGGACCAUUUCUGAUCAACGAGGACACGUGGGAAAAGUUCUUUACAAUUAUGAAAGAUAGAUUAGAAGAGUUCCAUAUUUCUAAUACGCACCGCUUCACUGAUAAAUCAUUCUCCAAUUUAUUAAUCAAUUGCGGUUCUACCUUAGUUUCUUUAGGGUUAUCCAGACUAGAUUCCGUGUCAAACUACGCUUUACUACCGCAGUAUCUAGUCAACGAUAACUUUCACUGUCUCUGUAUUGAAUACCCAUUCAAUGAAGAAGAUGUUAACGAUGAAAUUAUCAUAAAUCUGCUAGGCCAAAUUGGGCGCACGUUACGUAAAUUGGUUUUGAAUGGCUGUAUUGAUUUGACAGAUUCAAUGAUAAUCAAUGGCCUAACUGCAUUCACGCCCGAGAAAUGUCCAUUGGAGGUAUUGAGCUUGGAAGAAUCAGAUCAAAUAACUACAGAUUCACUGGCGUACUUUUUCAGCAAAGUAGAACUAAAUAAUCUAAUGGAAUGCAGCUUUAGGAGGUGUUUACAAUUGGGUGAUAUGGCAAUCAUAGAGCUAUUACUUAACGGAGCAAAAGAUAGUCUGAGAAGCCUAAGUCUCAAUUCCUUAAAAGAGCUAACUACGGAAGCAUUUGUGGCACUUGCCUGUCCUAAUUUGACAUAUUUAGAUCUUGGUUUUGUGCGCUGUGUGGAUGACUCGGUGAUUCAAAUGUUGGGUGAGCAAAAUCCGAAUUUAACUGUAAUUGAUGUUUUCGGAGAUAAUUUGGUCACUGAAAAGGCCACAACGAGGCCUGGACUUACAUUGAUAGGGAGGCAAAGUGACAGUAUAUAA